AGAGAGAGGGGAAAGUCCGCUUUUGGUUGCUGGCGAGCGGCUUCGCAGCGCGAGGGAAGGAGCCAAGCAGGAGAGUUGCUGGAAAGUGGAGACUGGCCUUUUGUGUCCCCACCAGUCAAGAAACUACCAUUUCUUUGAAUAGGCUAGGCACCCCCAUGAACGUAACAAAUGUAUCAGGAAAUGGCAUUGCUCCCUGGGCCCACAGAUCCCGAAUUCACCUCAUAUUCUUACAACAACUUGGAGACACUUUGCGAAGUGCAGGCAAAGAAAGGAUUCUUCUACAAAAAGGCCACACUUCUGCGUCCUGGGGAGGACUUGUGUUGCUUUGCCCACCGAGAGGACCGAACUGGGUAUGUGAUCAUCAAUGUAGGUGGCAUCAAAUACAGAAUCCCAUGGACCACAUUAGAGAAUUGCCCCUUGACCAGGCUUGGGAAGUUAAAAUCGUGUAACAACUACGAAGAGAUCAUGGAUAUCUGUGAUGACUAUGAUGUCAAUUGCAACGAGUUUUUCUUUGACCGCAACCCGUGUGCCUUCAGGACCAUCAUGACUUUUGUGACGGCUGGGAAGCUCAGGCUCCUGAGAGAAAUGUGUGCCCUCUCUUUCCAAGAUGAGCUGGUUUACUGGGGGAUAGAAGAGGAACACCUGGAGUGGUGCUGUAAAAAAAGGCUGCGACAAAAAGAGGAAGAGAUGGCGGAGGCUGCCCUGUUUGAAGAGGAAAUGCUAGCUAGUGAAGAGCCACAAUGUGCCUUCGAGGACAGUAGCCGUUUGCAGUUCUGCAUGAGAAAGCUCAGGGAUAUGGUGGAAAAUCCUCACUCGGGGAUCCCUGGAAAGAUCUUUGCUUGCAUAUCCGUUUCCUUUGUUGCCAUCACUGCAGUUAGUCUCUGUAUUAGCACCAUGCCAGAUCUCAGAGAAGAAGAAGACCGGGGUGAAUGUUCCCAGAAGUGCCAUGACAUCUUUGUUCUGGAGACGGUCUGCGUGGCUUGGUUUUCCUUUGAGUUUGUCUUGCGCUCCAUCCAGGCAGAGAGCAAAUGCGCCUUCUUGAAGACUCCGCUCAACAUUAUAGACAUCUUGGCCAUCUUGCCUUUCUACAUCUCUUUGAUUAUAGAUACAGCCUCUACCAAAAACACUGACAAACCUGGGGGUAGUGGCGGUGGCAGCGGUGGUGGAAACAAAUACUUGGAGAGAGUGGGCCUUGUCCUCCGCACCUUGCGAGCCCUCCGUAUCCUGUAUGUCAUGCGCUUGGCCAGGCAUUCACUGGGGCUGCAGACCCUGGGGCUUACCGUACGCCGUUGCACGCGGGAAUUUGGGCUCCUGGUCCUCUUCCUUUGUGUCGCUAUGGCACUCUUCUCCCCACUGGUUUACCUGGCGGAGAGUGAAAUGGGAGCCAAGCAUGAAUUCACCAGUGUCCCCAGCAGUUACUGGUGGGCUGUCAUAUCCAUGACAACUGUUGGCUAUGGCGACAUGGUACCUCGUAGCAUUCCCGGGCAGGUGGUCGCCCUGAGCAGCAUCUUGAGUGGCAUUUUGCUAAUGGCUUUCCCUGUCACGUCCAUAUUCCACACUUUUUCCCGCUCGUACAUUGAGCUUAAAGAGCAACAGCAGAGAGCUGCUAGCAGACAGUACCAUCAUGUGGAAGAAAGCACCAGAACUCUGAAUGAGGACAGUUCCCAUGAAGGAGAUGCCACAUGUUCACAAGAGGUUGAUGCAGAGGUGGUUCACGCAGAGACUGAACAGGGAACUAAGAGUUGCUGACUCUAGUGAAACUGAAGUAUUGUAGGAACUCCAUGGGAACGAGGGCGAGUAGAUAUUUGUCGUAUCUGAAACAGCCCCUGAACUGCCCAUAUCAGGGUACUCAGCCAAACACAGUGUUGGAGAAAGACUGCCCUUUUAAGCAUUGGCUUAAGUGACCAAUCCUGUUUCUUAAAAUAAUACUGAAGACAAUUCAUCUGCAACAUCCUUAGAACACAAGAUACUUUUCAGCACUCAAGAGUGAUCUUGAAGGAACAGCAGUUUAAAAGACAGGUUUCCACUGUGCACAUAGGGGGGAAUAACACUGCAAAAACAGUAGUGUGUAUGUUUUUAAAUAAGCGCCCCAAAUUCAGGGUAAAGUACAUGUGCCAUAGGACUGGGAGCAAGAGAUAGAUUGCACAAUAACAUUUUUUUCCUAAAGCCUGUACCACAGGUGGUUUCAUGGUUUUGUAAAAAGUCAUGGAGUAUUGCACAGAAAGGGUUAAAGGUAAAUUUGAAAGUAUGGGGACAAAGGGCCAUUUCUGACAAAAGCUACCCCUUGUUUACCUCUCUGUUUAAUUUUUUCUUCAAUAGAACGAAAAUCAAUAACCACAAUUCUGGCUGCCUGCUGACAGGUCUGACGUGUGCUUUAGCUCUUUAUGCAUUAUUUAAUAAAACAUGCAGAUUUACCACAGUAAGCUUUUGCAUCCUAGCUUGGAUGGCAGACGUAUACAAUAUGUUCCUUUUUGCUCAGAUUUGAAUGUAUAUUGUUUUAAAAUGAUGCUUUUUAUUUCCAA